AUGGCGGUGCUGAUUCUGCUGCUCCUGGUGCUGGUGCUGGCUUUGGGGGCGGCCUUGGCUGUGCAGUCAGCACCACAGGUUCCAGUUACACCUGCAACCUCACAGUGUGUUCUGGGCUGUCCCUUUGAGUGGGUUGGGCACAAGGGGAUCUGCUACUACUUCUCACGGGAUUUCAGAUCGUGGGAGCAGGGUCAGGAACGGUGCUCCGAGCUCAAUGCCUCCCUGGCCAUUGCCAAGGAUGAGGAGGCCAUGAAUUUGCUCUUCCGCCUCCGCGGGAACGGCGAUUUCUGGCUCGGGCUGCGCAGACGGGGCGAGCGCCUGCACUGGGGGGACGGCAGCAGCUACAGCUCCCGGGUUCCUGUGUUUGGCAGUUCCCAGUGCGUGUACCUGUCUGAUGAGAGAUUUAAGAGUGAGAACUGCUCCAGUGAGCGGCCGUAUGUCUGCAGCAAGGCCCAAGCUCCCCUGUAA